GAUGAAAUUAUGUGUGACAUUUGAGUCUUCUUCUUUCUUCGGUUUCUCUUUCAACACACAAACGUCUGUGUAUGGCACGCGCCUUUUGUAUAGACAGUCACUGGAAUCAUAUUUAGAAAGCCGCUAAACGAACGUGGUCGUCGUACUCUUCGUCAAUUUUGAAAUAGUUUCGAAACAACAGUGCUUCUUUUUUUGAAAUUUUAUUAUUUGUUUUUUCUUGCAACUGCAAUUGAUCAUUAGUUUAGUUUUUAAUCAGUUGUUUGACAAACGACAAAAUGUUCUGGGGUUUGGUUUUGAAGACAAACAAGCGUUACUCGCAACAAGUCACAAAAGCGUUCCAUGUAUCACAGGCCACAUUGGAUUUGAACACACUCAACGAAAGUGAUGCAUUGGUUCAAGUUUGGCUACACACAGAUGAUACCGAUCAUUUGAUUGCCAAUGUCAACCGACAAACGUCACAUGUCCGUUUGGAUCUUGCUUUCACUGAAGGUGAAACAGUUGCUUUCUACAGCAAAGGAAACGGUACCGUUCAUCUGAGCGGCUACUUAAUCCCAGACGAAGACGAUUUUGGCGAUUUGCCAUUCGGUGACGGAGAAGAGGAGGAAGAAGAUAGUGACGAAGGGGUCGAAGCUCCAGCUGCAGCAAAGAAACGAAAGGAAAAAGGCAAUAUGAAGCAAAUCAAAGUAGGCAAUGAAGAAGACGAAGAAGAGGAUGAAGACGACGAUGAUGAGAGCGACGAUUUAGAUUUUGACGGUCUUAACCAGGAACUCGAAGAUGAAGAUUUGGAUGAGGAAGAAGGCAGCGACGACGAAGAUGAUGACGAAGAUGACGACGAUGAAGAGGAUGAAGAUGACGACGAUGAAGAGGAUGAAGAAGAUUCAGAUGAUGAGGUCCAAGCACCGCCAGCCAAACAGGCAAAGUUCGACAAGAACGCCAAGCAAAAUGGUUUGACCAACGGCAAAGCCGCAAAGAAAGAAAAUGAUCCAAAGCAGAAAAAUCAGCAAAAACAACAACAACAACAACAACAGAAGAAUCAAAAGCAAGAAAAACAGGAGCAAAAGAACCAACAGAACCAGCCACAAAAGUCAACACCAAAAACCCUCGCUCAAGGUGUAAUAAUCGAAGAUCUUCGCGUUGGUAGAGGUCCCGAGGCAACACCAGGCCGAAAGGUAUCUGUGUACUACGAAGGUCGUCUUAAAAGCAACAACAAGGUAUUCGACAGUACAAAAGCGGGCAAUGGAUUCCAGUUCUCUUUGGGACGCGGUGAAGUGAUCCGUGGUUGGGAUAUUGGCGUUGCUGGUAUGAAGGUUGGUUCAAAGCGUCGCAUCAUAUGCCCACCAGCUGUUGCAUACGGUAACAAAGGUUCACCACCAGUGAUCCCAGGCAACGCCACGUUGAUCUUUGACGUCGAAUUGCGCGGCGUUAAAUAAAUGCAUCCGCUUCGUUUGCAGUCGAAGGGAAGCGCAUUUUCCGUGAUUCCUUUGACAAAUCCAUUCAUCGUUUUUUUUUUUACUCGAAUUCUUCUUUUUUACAUUAACACUUCCGGAAAACCAGAUGGUGUGACAAAGUUUACAACAUUUUUGUUUGGUUAGUCUAGUAUUUCGUUAUAAAUUCAUGCAAAGAUGAACAGAAUACACGAGUCGUCGAUGUUCGUUUGUAGCUAUUUGCUAUGAUCAUUUUAACUCAUAAUCAGACCAAAAUAUAAGUGAAUAAAAUAGUGCCACAAAUGAGUUGAUCACAAAGUAUUGAAUGCUUCCAUAUAGCUACAAACGCUCAUCAAUGUCCAGAGACUUUUUGAUGUCUUUGUGUACCGAAGAAAUUCUAUUCACAUUUAAUUUAAUUCCUUUUAUUGGAACGGAAUAGAGUUAGUUCCAUUAAUUAAAAUAAACAUAUGAGAAAAUACAAUUUAAAAAAAAACAAGCACACAAAUAAACAAAAAUAGUUUAAUUAUCCAUACGAUAAGCAUGGAGACUUUGAAAUCGGGUAAUAUAUUUUUGCAUUUAAAGUCUGACACACAUUCAAAACAUUGCGACUAAGUUCAGUCUUAAACUAAGAAUCUGAGUUUUUGAUUUUCAAAUAAAAACCAAUAAAUGUACAAAAAA